AUGACCCCAGUCGAAGAAAUUAUUAAAAAAGACAUUUUCCGGGAGACACCUCUCAGAUAUUUAGGAUAUGCCAACGAGGUUGGAGAAGCCUUCCGAUCGCUUGUAAAACCAGUCGUCGUCAAAUUUUCGUAUGUCGUCGCCUUCGGAUAUGUUGCAGCCGAUUCGAUAGAUAAGGGACUGCAGGAAUAUAUUAAGACCCAUUCGACUAGCACCGAAAAGACCAAAAAGGUUGCGAUAGCCGCUGUGGACACCGUGUUAUGGCAGACAUUUGCAUCAGUCCUGAUCCCAGGAUUCACUAUAAACCGCUUUUGUUUCUUCUCCAACUUGCUCCUACAGAAGUCUACAAAACUGCCAACAAACAUGAGAAAGUGGACAGUGACGUGCUUGGGUCUUGCAACAAUACCGUUUAUUGUGCACCCCAUCGACUCAUUUGUAGAGGAGGCUAUGGAUAAGACUGCUCGAAAGAUUUACAAUGAACCAACAAUUUCCAACAAAGAGUAGAAUUCAUGUUUGUUUUUAGAUUUUCUAGUAAUAUAGUUCUUAUUGUUCUAGUCACAUUUUGAUCACUUUGUUUCAGGGUUGCCUUUCUAUGAACAAUUGUUUUGAUU